AUGAUAGACCCACGUCUUCCCGUUCUGAGCGCGAUCAGAAGGAAUCAGAAAGUGGAGACAAAACUGAGAAGCCUGAGACGGAAGAAGAAAAAAAAAUUUGAAUGUCAUAUCUUGGAUAGAGAAUUAGCCGAUACUUUGGAAAGGGACAUUAUUCAAAAAAACCCUAAUGUACAUUGGGAUAAUAUAGCUGAUCUUCAGGAGGCCAAAAGGUUGCUGGAGGAAGCUGUCGUAUUGCCUAUGUGGAUGCCCGACUUCUUUAAAGGAAUAAGAAGACCUUGGAAAGGUGUGCUUAUGGUUGGUCCUCCAGGUACUGGGAAAACUAUGUUAGCAAAAGCUGUGGCAACAGAAUGUGGUACAACAUUUUUUAAUGUUUCGACAUCUACUUUGGGCUCUAAAUAUCGCGGUGAAUCGGAGAAAUUGGUUCGAUUAUUGUUUGAAAUGGCACGUUUUUAUGCACCGAGCACUAUAUUCAUCGACGAAAUCGACUCGCUUUGCUCGAGACGAGGUUCGGAAUCCGAACAUGAAGCCUCUCGACGAGUUAAAUCGGAAUUACUGGUACAAAUGGAUGGUGUUACUGCCAGCGAUGAGCCAGGUAAAGUGGUAAUGGUUUUGGCCGCAACUAACUUCCCUUGGGACAUAGAUGAAGCUUUACGACGUAGAUUAGAAAAACGAAUCUACAUCCCACUGCCCACACAGGAAGGCAGAGAGGCUCUGCUAAGAAUCAACUUAAGUGAAGUCAAGCUGGAUCCAGAUAUCAACCUGAAGACCAUUGCUAGACGUCUCGAUGGUUUUUCAGGAGCUGACAUUACCAAUGUCUGUAGGGAUGCUUCGAUGAUGUCGAUGAGAAGAAAAAUAUGUGGAUUAAGACCAGAUCAAAUCAGACAGUUGCCCAAAGAAGAACUAGACUUGCCAGUUACAAUGAGGGAUUUUGAGGAGGCGUUGGUUAAGAAUAAUAAGAGCGUUAGUAAAGAAGAUUUAGAAAAGUAUGAACGAUGGAUGAGUGAAUUUGGAUCUUCUUGA